AUGGACAUCGAGGACGACAAAAAGAAGCUGAGGUCGGCGACGAGAAGUGUCGAAAAGCUGAAAAAGCUGCUCAACGGCAGCAAUGAAAACUGCGGCAAGAUGUGCGAAAUACUGACUCACUUUGAUGAUCGCCUGAAGAAGCUAGAGGAAACGGUCAAGCCGGUGUACAAGGAGACAAACAACCUGCAAAAACAACAGGAGAACAUCACCUCUAGUCGAGCCCGUCUUGACUAUGUAAUCAAGUUCUACACCGUCGCCGGCGAAGUGGAGUCUACGAUCAUCAGCGGACCUGGAGCAACCUCUUUUGAGCUGUACCUUCGGGAGCUGGAUCGCCUUACCGAGGCAGUGCGCUACUUCUUAGAAAAUAAUCCAGAGAGCCCGGAGAUGAUGAAUGUUAGUUCACUGCUGGAAAAGGGCGGAACAAACAUUGAAAAAGAGUUCAGAUCGAUACUUUCAAGGCACAGCUCACCAUUGCCCAUCAAGACUAUCAUCGACUUAGUGACCAGUUCUCGGGAAAAGGAGUCGGAUAAUAACAAUCAAAAGUCACCUGAAAAGUCGCAAAGAGAAGCCACAUCACAGGUGAUUGAACGAAACAUUUCCGACAUUCUACCGGAAAAAAGUCGCAAUGAGCUGAGAUUACUCUCCGAUUGGCUCUGUCUGAACCGCAACGAUGACUUUAUAAGCGUCUACUCUUCCAUUCGUUCUGAUGUUCUCCUUAAGUCACUGAACACCCUUCGCCAACACCUCAAAACAAACAGUCUUCCUGCAGUGAACUCCGGCAGUGAUCUGGGCGUCAACGUUAGCCCACUGCUUGGCGGUCGACGGAAUCUUCACCUCGGAAAGAGUGACACCCUGCAGUUUCGCCGUACAUCAGUGAUGCCAGACUCGGCGAGCAAACAGCAGUCGGGUGGUUUAAUGCGUCGCCUGCAGGAUGUGGGCAUGGAUAUGCUGAGUAGUAGUGCCACUAAGGAGGGCUACAAGUUUCAGCAGACUGCCAGUAACAUCCAACCAACUUCAGACGCUUCAGAAACGACCGUUUCAGAGCGAGAGAUUGGCUCCUACGUCACCUCGGUGACUGGCCUCUUCAAGUUGAUGCAACUUGAGUUGAAGCUACUCGAAUCGAUCAUUCCGCAGAAUGUCCAGCGAAAGAUUUUCAGUCGCCUCGUCAUGAAGGCGCUCGAUUCUGUGUACCACGAGGGCGAGUCACUGUCCUUGCGCGUCAAGCGAUGCCUCACCACAAAGGACUUCUCCUCGGCUCUGUGCCUGCUGCCCGUUCUUCGCUUUCACGCCAACAUGCGACACAGCUUUGACCUGCUGCUUGACGGCUGUGAGGCGGAGGUCAACUCGAAGCUGCACUCGCUGACGGUGACUCUGCAGACGACCAUCUCCAAGUCGCUGGAGGAGUUCAUUGAGCACAUUAAAAGUGACCCCCAGCAGAAGGUGCCCAAAGACGGUACUGUUCACGAGCUGACGAGUAAUGUGAUGCUCUUUCUGGUGCAUCUCAAGUCCUACCUGGACAUUCUCUCGCGAGUGGUCACUGUCACUGAUAUGAAGGCCAUGGAGGCGUGUCCCGACAAGAAUCGGUUCGCCUUUGCGCAAUACAUCUUUCGCGUGCUGACAAGUCUCAGUUUGACGAUCGAGAAAAAGUCCGAAAUGUACAAUUACGACGAAACACUGAAGGCGAUCUUUAAGUUGAACAACAACUACUACAUUCUGAAGACACUGCGAAAGAGUGGGCUGCUGGAGAUUGUCUCCUUGUAUCCGCGAUGCGCUGAAAUUGAGUCCGUCUACGAGGAUAACAUUGGCAGCUACAAGCGCAAGUACUUUGAUAGCUGGAACAAGGUGACCAUUCACGUGAUGGACAAUCCAAUGAACCAGCGAACGGGCGCCUCGCAGCACUACGCCAGCACACUACCUCACUCGCAGUCAAUGAACAUUGGUCUGUCUGCAGCGGGCGGCAGCAGCUUCCGCCUGAAGGACAAAGACCGACAGAUGAUUAAGGACAAGUUCAGUAGUUUCAAUAAGGAGUUUGAGGCAAUAUACAACACACAGAUGAACUACGCCAUACCUGAUCCGGACCUGAGGAAGGAGCUGAAGGAUGAGAACAUUCGCAUAGUAGUCUCCAAGUACAAUCUCUUCUAUGACAAGUACGAGAAGGUGGCCUUCACGAAGAAUCCACACAAGUACAUCAAGUAUAAUCCUGAUCACGUGGCAGAGAAGAUUAACACUUUCUUUGAUUAG